GUCCACAACCACAACCAGCCAAAACGCCACAAACAACAAACGAACCACACCAACCCUGUCUUCUCUUCUUCUCGUGGUGCUGCGCCUGUCCUGCGAACACACACGCGAACGAGGAAGGAGGAAGGAGGCACUCUUCCCCUCUUCCUUUCUCUUCUCCACCCACUUGGAUGGGAGGAUGAGAACGAUGGGGUGCCUGCAGGCACGUGGGUUGGUGCUGCUCCCCGUGCUACUGGUGGUGGCGGCGGCAGUGUGCUGGAUGCCGCUCAUCAGCAGCGUUGUUGGAGAGGUGACGCUGGUGGAGGAUGAUGCGGGCGCGUUUCACAUCAACACCAGCGAUCCAAUGAGCCAGCCCGUGCUUGUGAACGGCGUGAAUGUGCACGAGACGCUCAGGACGCUCAUGAGUACCGUUUCGGAGCAACUUAGAAUCAACGCUGCCCAGCAAAGUACAAUCGAUGCACAACAGAGCGCAAUCAAUGCCCAGCAGAGGGCGAUCGACCGUGUCCGUGGGGAAGUGUGCACCCCGAGUGCCAGCACGUUUGGGCAGCUCGGCUCGGGCGGAAAUAAGUGGCUUGGCGGUGUGCUGGCACACAACGGCCUGAUCUAUGCCGUACCAUACCACUCUCCUUCUGUUCUCAUCAUCGACCCCAGCAGCCACACCGUCGAUACGACCACAAUCUCAGGUGUGGGAACGGACUCAAACAAGUGGGCUGGCGCUGUGCUGGCACACAGCGGCCUCAUUUACAUGUUUGCAUCAGACAGAGAGACGAUGCUCAUCAUCGACCCAGACACCAACGCCUUUGACACAUCAAGCAUGCACUCCCUUGGGGCCGGCGAAAACAAGUGGUUUAGUGGCGUGGUGGCGAGCAAUGGCCCCAUUUUCGGCAUUCCGUACUCUGCCACGUCUGUGUUGAUCAUUGAUCCAGAGACAAACACGACAGACAUCACCACGCUGUCCGGGCUGUCGACCCAGCUGUUCAAAUGGUAUGGCGGUGUUCAGACCGACAACGGCCUCAUCUACUGUCUGCCUGUCACAGCUUCCUCCGUCCUCAUCAUCAACCCAGAGUCACUGACAAUGGACCUUACCACCAUCAGUGGCUUCAGUACAAACGCAAAGUGGCGAGGCGCCGUGCUUGCAGGCAAUGGCCUCAUCUACGGCAUCCCAUUUCGUUUUGCGACGAUGCUCGUCGUCAACCCAGCCACCAACGCCACUGGGGAGGUACUUGUCGCGGAGGAAAGCACCUCUGCAAAGUGGAUUGGCGGUGUGCUCGCGCCCAAUGGCAACGUCAUUGGCAUCCCGCACGACUCUUCAGCCGUCCUCAUCUUCGAUCCAAGCACCAACACCACCGAUACCACGACCAUCAACAAUCUUGGCGGGGGCUUCAAGUGGCAUGAUGGCGUGCUCGCCAACAACGGCGUCGUCUAUGGCAUCCCACGCGGCGCAGAAUCUGUCCUUGUCAUUGACCCGGGAUGCUAAUUGUUGCCGCGCGUGUCUGUGUGCGUGCGAACACUUGCGUGCCGUUUUUGCAUCUUUCUUCUUCCUUCC